AUGGAGCCGCUUCAGCCAGCGCGCAGAGCCAAAGGGGGGAACGCACGCUGCCACGCUGCACACAUGGCUGCAAAUUUAUGGCGAAUAUUUUACACCUUCAUUUGGAUAAUAACACUGGCUUCAAGUUCGAGGACGAGGAUUUAUCCACCAAACGAAGUGACCCUGCUGGAUACCAGGACAGUGCCAGGAGAGCUGAAAUGGGCAGCCAGUCCUUCAGAGGGAGGGUGGGAGGAGGUGAGUAUUAUGGAUGAGAAGAACAUCCCCAUCAGAACAUACCAGGUGUGUAACGUCCUAGAGCCCAAUCAAAACAACUGGCUGAGGACAGACUGGAUCCCUCGUUCCGGCGCUCAGCGGGUCUAUGUUGAAGUCAAGUUCACACUGAGAGACUGUAACAGCCUACCAGGGGUCACUGGCACCUGCAAGGAGACAUUCAAUCUGUACUACCAUGAGUCAAAUGAAGACAGAGAGAGCUACAUCAAAGAGAGCAGUUUCAUUAAGGUGGACACUGUGGCAGCAGACGAGAGCUUCACCCAGGUGGACGUUGGAGACCGCAUCAUGAAACUGAACACUGAGGUGCGAGACGUAAAGGUCACGACCCGGAAGGGCUUCUACUUGGCCUUUCAGGAUGUUGGCGCCUGCAUUGCUUUAGUUUCUGUCAGGGUUUUCUACAAAACCUGCCCACUCACCAUCCGCAACCUGGCAACUUUUCCUGACACCGUUACCGGGGCUGAUACAUCCUCCUUAGUGGAAGUCAGGGGAUCUUGUGUCAACCAAUCAGAAGAGAGAGAAGAGCCUAAAAUGUACUGCGGAGCAGAUGGAGAGUGGUUAGUUCCUAUUGGUGGAUGUCUCUGCAACCCAGGAUAUGAAGAGACGGGGGGGGCAUGUAAAGCCUGUUCUGUUGGUUUCUACAAGGCCAAGUCUUCAGAUGCAGGAUGCUCCAAGUGUCCCCCACACAGCCACUCACUCAGUGACGGGGCAACUGUCUGUGACUGCCACUCUGGAUUCUUCCGUGCCAACAGCGACCCCCCUUCCAUGGCCUGUACUCAGCCACCUUCAGCUCCGCAACAGCUCAUCUCAGUUGUGAAUGAGACCUCGGUGGUCCUGGAGUGGGCCCCCCCUCGCCGGCUGGGAGGACGAAGUGACACCAGCUACAGCCUGGAGUGUUUCAUCUGUCAAACAGGGAGUCAAACAGGCAGCCACAGUCAGACUGACGGUAAAGCCCUCCCCAGGAAUCGCAGCGUCUCCCACAUUGAAGCUCAGCGCAGUGGCUUUGGGAUGCAGUCAGACCAGGGGAUUGUUGGAUCUGAAGUCCAGUCAGGGAGAGGUGUUUUACAGAGCAGACCAGUACCUGAAGAUUACCCGAGACUUGGCUCUGGCUCCAUCUCCAUCUCUCAGCUCUGCCUGCCUUGCAGCUCCGAUGUGCUCUUCUCUCCCGGCCAAACCGGCCUGAAGACCACCAGGGUGGUGGUUAGCGAGCUGAGGGCCCACUCGCACUAUACCUUCAUCGUCCAAGCGCGCAACGGGGUCUCCCAAGACAGCGGUGCAGGGGCAGCUCAGAGUGUGUCUGUCACUGUUACCACCAACCAAGCUGCUCCCUCUCCGGUGUCAUCCAUCCAAGCCACUGAUGUCACCAGGCACGGUUUGUCGUUGUCAUGGCGACAGCCGGAUCGACCCAACGGGGUCAUCCUGGAAUAUGAGGUCAAGUUCUAUGAAAAGGAUCAGAGAGAGAGGUCUUACCGCAUAAUGAGGACCUUCUCUCGCAGCGUCGAUGUCACGGGUCUUAACCCCCUCACUGUGUACGUGUUUCACGUGCGUGCUCGUACAGCUGCCGGAUACGGAGAGUUCAGUGCUCCAUUUGAAUUUUCCACCAAUUCAGAUCCCUUCCCUCUGAUUGGAGAAGGAGUUAACUCAGCCUUCCUGCUGCUGUCUGUCAGCGGGGUUGGAAUUUUACUGCUGAUAUCUGCAGCUGUCUUCAUCAUUAGCCGCAGGAGGAGCAAGUACAGUAAAACAAAGCAGGACUCAGAGGAGGAGAAACAUCUUAACCCAGGGGUCAAAAUCUAUGUGGAUCCGUUCACCUAUGAAGACCCCGAUCAGGCCAUCCACGAGUUUGCCAAGGAGAUUGAUGUUAGCAGUAUUCACAUUGAGAGAGUUAUUGGCAUGGGAGAGUUUGGGGAGGUGUGCAGUGGUCGGCUGCGUGUGCAGGGAAAGAGGGAGAUUUACGUGGCCAUCAAGAGUCUGAAGGCGGGAUACUCUGACAAACAGAGGAGGGACUUCCUAUCUGAGGCCUCCAUCAUGGGACAGUUUGACCAUCCGAACAUCAUCAGGCUGGAGGGUGUCGUCACAAGAUGCAAACCAUUGAUGAUCAUCACAGAAUACAUGGAAAAUGGAUCCCUGGAUGCUUUUCUUCGUAAACAUGACGGCCAGUUCACGGUGAUCCAGCUGGUCGGCAUGCUGCGAGGCAUCGCCUCAGGUAUGAAGUACCUGUCAGACAUGAGCUAUGUUCACAGAGACCUGGCAGCUCGAAACAUCCUGGUCAACAGCAACCUGGUGUGUAAGGUGUCGGACUUUGGCCUGAGUCGGGUUCUGGAGGACGACCCAGAGGCUGCCUACACUACAAGGGAGGGCACUGGGACUUACCUUUCCCCUGGAGGGAAGAUCCCCAUCAGAUGGACGGCCCCAGAGGCCAUAGCCUACAGGAAGUUUACCACAGCAAGUGAUGUGUGGAGUUACGGUAUCGUCAUGUGGGAGGUGGUUUCAUACGGCGAGAGGCCCUACUGGGACAUGAACAACCAGGAUGUGAUUAAAGCGAUUGAAGAGGGCUACCGCCUGCCUGCUCCUAUGGACUGUCCUGUGGUGUUGCACCAGCUCAUGUUAGACUGUUGGGAGAAGGAGCGAGCGGAGAGACCCACCUUUGGUCAGAUACUCAACAUGCUGGAUAAACUCAUCCGUAACCCCGGGACUCUGCGCAGGACAGGAGGGGACAGACCCACACCCGCCAUGCUUGAGUCAGGGGUGGGUUCAGAGGUGUGUGUAUCAGUCAUACCAGAGGUAUGUGUGCCCGAGUGGUCGGUGUGUGAGUGGCUGCAGUCCAUCGGGUUGGAGAGGUACAGAGACACUCUGGCAGCAGCAGGAUACACCAGCCUUGACAGUCUACUGGCUAUCACACCCCAGGAGAUGGACAGACUUGGAAUAAUCACAGCGUCCCACCAGGACAUGCUAAUUGCUGGUGUGCGGCAAGAAAUGCUGUCUCAAAUGCAGCACAUGCAACACACAAUGGUUCCAGUCUGAACCGCAGAACGGAUACGAACCUAUUUUGAGAAGAAUUUCAUUUACCUCAUUCAUGCACUUUAGAGGGACUUUUCACCAGUGGAAAUACAAGGAGUGGAUUAAAGUGAAAAUACUAAGUGUGAAGAAGAGAAAGAGAGAAAAGCAGCACUUUUGUGAACUUCCAUCCUGUGGAGUUUUCUGAAAAAAAAAAUGAAAAUAACAUGAUCUGGACGUGGCCACAGAUAGCAUUAAGCUACUGAGAGCUUAGACUGAAGCCUCAUCCUCUUACCCAACUCUAUUUUUCAUUAUUUUAUUAUCUGUUGUUGUGAAGGCUGACAUGUAAGGCUGUGCAUAAGCAGAGUGGCUUCCAACUAUUUUUCUUUCGCUGCUUUGGGCUUGACUUGAAUAAAAUGUGUUUCGUGUUUGCUCGUAUGUCUGCGUGAGUGUGGGUGUAUGUGUGGGUGUGUGUGUGGUGGUGUGAGUAGCGUGAAUCCACACAACAUGGAAAUUCCCUCGUCAAGACGUCAGCUAUCUUUGAAAAUUCUGAAUAUGCAAAGUUGACUGAGAGAGUGGGAGGGGCCGGACAGAAUGUACCAUUACAAGCUCUUACUAGUUGCAUACUGAGAGAUCAUACUAACAAACUAUGUGAUUUGCUUGUUUUUUUAUUCAUUUUUUUUAUUUUUACUGGUAUGAAUUAUUGUUUCUGUUGAAUUAAACAUUUAGAUUAGUAUGUUGUCCAUCUGUGUCUGUGUAUAUGUCUCUUGUUUAAUGCUAAGAAUUAACUACAUGAAGCAUUUUGUUUAUUUAUGGUCUUUUUUUAUCUAGUUUGUACAUUGUA